GGGGGUGGGCGAAUCUGCGGAUCUGCGCGGGCUUGCCCUGGCCGCAGGGCUCGAGUUUGUGCCCUUGUGUGUGAGCAAGAGACGGGGGCUGCCUCUGGAGGCGGGAGGAAAAGGCUGGGGUCUUUCAUAUUGGCUGGCUUCGCUCUCCUCACCUCUUGUCUCUCUCCCUCUCCUUUCUGCUGUCUUCUUUCUCUUUGACUUUUUUUUUUUUUUUGGAGGGGGAGUUCCCUCUUUUUUUCUUCUUCAAACCCUUUAAAGGAUCUGCCUUCUCAAGGUGCCUCAUUGAAAAUACACAGGGAAAGCGCCAAAGGAGAGGACGUGUGUGGGGUGGAAAAGACCAUGUUUAACUCUCACUUGGUGGUUUCCGCGACUGGGGCUGGCUGGGGUGGGGAGAGUCCACGUCUGGGCCCUUGCAGAUGUCAGUUUCUCCUUGACAGCUCUGCUGUCUUGGUUGUUUCUGUGGAAUGAGUCUUGUGUUUGGCAUUGGUGGGAUGGCCGAAGCUAGGAGACGGGGUUUGUCCCGGGCUUUGCUUGGAAUUAGUUCUGAGAUCUUGGGCAAGACAUCCCCUGGCGCCUCAGUGUCGUCCCAGGAAAUGGGGGCUGUUAUUGUUAUCAGCCACAAUAAUGGAUGGGAAAGAGCUGAGUGGUCCUGAAAAACAAACCAGAUGCUGUAGUGCUCCCACACCUGCAGCAUCUAGAGGGCGGCAGCGUUGCCCACACCCAGUGUAACCCACAUACUCACUAGUUGUGGGGCUCCGAAGACAACGCUAGCUGAGAAAGGAGUGGACUUAAUAAGGACUGGGGCCUUAGUAUAUGCGCAUUGUUUUAGGUCAAGCCAGACUGAGAGGUUUACAGUGGAAAGUGCCCAGCCUAGGGCCUGGCUGACAGUGAACCCAGGGGAAUUGUUUUGUUUGUUUGUUUCAUUCCGCAUCUGGAGUGAGUCAUUGCCACUUGUCAAGGUGAAAUGGCAAAUCUGGGCUUCCUGUGGUUCCAAAAGUCUGUGACUGGAAAUCCACAGGCAAGAUGGUGUUUGAAGCUUGUUCCAGGGCAGCCUUAGGUAUUCCAGAAGGGUUGAGGGAUCUCUUCCAUGGGGGAAGAGGGGAAGGUUUAUAAAUAAACCUCACAUGUGUCUUCAGCAUUCGUUUUCCAAGGAGACCAUCGUCGGACUUUGGGUAGGACCCAUUCAGUGUAUCUCUCUUUGCCCAUCUUGAGUUAGAAUGGGGAGAGGAGGAAAUAAAUAGGUUCUUUUGUCUUUUUCUAUCCUCUCCCUUCCCCCAUUUCCUUCCCCUGUCCCCACUCACUCACAUGCACACAUUAACCUUGAAGCCGAUGAGAUUGAGUGACUGGCACUUGGGACCACAGAGAAAUGUCAGAGUGUUUGGUUACAGACUCAAGGAAACCUCUCAUUUUAGAGUGCUCAUUUGGUUUUAAGCAAAAUUUUGGACUGUGAAUCAAGGCAGUGGGUGAAGAAAAAAAAUGGCCUCGCCGGCUGACAGCUGUAUCCAGUUCACCCGCCAUGCCAGUGACGUUCUUCUCAACCUUAAUCGCCUCCGGAGCCGCGACAUCUUGACGGAUGUUGUCAUAGUGGUGAGCCGGGAGCAGUUCCGAGCCCAUAAGACGGUCCUCAUGGCCUGCAGUGGCCUGUUCUACAGCAUCUUCACAGACCAGCUGAAAUGCAACCUCAGUGUGAUCAACCUGGAUCCUGAGAUCAACCCGGAGGGGUUCUGCAUCCUCCUGGACUUCAUGUACACGUCUCGGCUCAAUCUGCGGGAGGGCAACAUCAUGGCCGUGAUGGCCACAGCUAUGUACCUGCAGAUGGAGCAUGUUGUGGACACUUGCCGGAAGUUCAUCAAGGCCAGUGAAGCAGAGAUGGUCCCUGCCAUGAAGCCUCCCCGUGAAGACUUCCUGAACAGCCGGAUGCUGAUGCCCCAAGACCUCAUGGCCUAUCGGGGCCGGGAGGUGGUGGAGAACAGCCUGCCCCUGAGGGGCGCCCCUGGCUGUGAGAGCAGAGCCUUCGCCCCCAGCCUGUACAACGGCCUGUCCACGCCGCCAGCCUCGUACCCCGUGUAUGGCCACCUUCCGGUCAGCAGCUUCCUCUUCUCCGACGAGGAGCUGCGGGACGCCCGGAUGCCUGUGGCCAACCCCUUCCCCAAGGAGCGGACCCUCCCCUGCGACAGCGCCAGGCCAGUCCCCAGUGAGUACAGUCGGCCGGCCAUGGAGCUGUCCCCCACUGUGGGCCACAACAACGUGUACUCACCCAAGGAGGCAGCCCUGGAGGAGGCACGGAGUGACAUGCACUACAGUGUGGCCGAGGGCCCCAAGCCUGCCGCCCCCUCGGCCCGGAGCGCCCCAUACUUCGCCUGUGACAAGGCCGGCAAAGAGGAAGAGAGGCCCUCGUCGGAGGAUGAGAUUGCCCUGCAUUUCGAGCCGCCCAAUGCACCCCUGAACCGGAAGGGUCUGGUUAGCCCGCAGAGCCCCCAGAAGUCCGACUGCCAGCCCAACUCGCCCACGGAGUCCUGCAGCAGCAAGAACGCCUGCAUCCUCCAGACCUCCGGGUCCCCUCCGGCCAAAAGCCCCACUGACCCCAAAGCCUGCAACUGGAAGAAGUACAAGUUCAUCGUGCUCAACAGCCUCAACCAGAAUGCCAAACCAGAGGGGCCCGAGCAGGCCGAGCUGGGCCGCCUUUCCCCUCGAGCCUACACUGCCCCGCCGGCCUGCCAGCCGCCCAUGGAGCCCGAGACCCUUGACCUCCAGUCCCCAACUAAGCUCAGCACCAAUGGGGAGGACUCCACCAUCCCACAGGCCAGCAGGCUCAAUAACAUCGUCAACAGGUCCCUGACCGGCUCCCCACGCAGCAGCAGUGAGAGCCACUCUCCGCUCUACCUGCACGCCCCCAAGUGCACGUCCUGUGGCUCUCAGUCCCCGCAGCACGCAGAGAUGUGCCUCCACGCCACUGGCCCCACGUUCCCCGAGGAGCUGGGCGAGACCCAGUCCGAGUACUCAGAUUCCAGCUGCGAGAAUGGGGCCUUCUUCUGCAAUGAGUGUGACUGCCGCUUUUCUGAGGAGGCCUCCCUCAAGAGGCAUAUGCUGCAGACCCACAGUGACAAACCCUACAAGUGUGACCGCUGCCAGGCCUCCUUUCGCUACAAGGGCAACCUCGCCAGCCACAAGACCGUCCACACGGGUGAGAAACCCUAUCGCUGUAACAUCUGCGGGGCCCAGUUCAACCGGCCAGCCAACCUGAAAACCCACACCCGAAUUCACUCCGGAGAGAAGCCCUACAAGUGCGAAACGUGCGGAGCCAGAUUUGUCCAGGUGGCCCACCUCCGUGCCCACGUGCUCAUCCACACUGGCGAGAAGCCCUAUCCCUGUGAAAUCUGUGGCACCCGUUUCCGGCACCUUCAGACUCUGAAGAGCCACCUGCGAAUCCACACGGGAGAGAAACCUUACCAUUGUGAGAAAUGUAACCUGCAUUUCCGUCACAAAAGCCAGCUGCGUCUUCACUUGCGCCAGAAGCACGGUGCCAUCACCAACACCAAAGUGCAAUACCGUGUGUCCGCCACUGACCUGCCCCCGGAGCUCCCCAAAGCCUGCUGAAGCAUGGAGUGUUGAUGCUUUCCAUUCGAGCCCCUUCUCAGAAUCUACCCAAAGGAUACUGUAACACUUUACCACAUUCAUCCCAUGAUGUAGUGCCUCUUUCAUCCACUAGUGCAAAUCAUAGCUGGGGGAG